CUCAUUUCGCCCCUCAGUUGUUGUUGUUUAGGCCCUUUUCUAGGUACUUUUUGCGAGUAGCGAAGCAAAACCUUUCUUCCUUCGUUUGCUUCCCCUUUUUUGUGAACCGAGCCCCAUUAUUCAUCCAGAGCCUGAUACCCGUUACUUUUCCUUUCUGCCUCAGUGCACUUUGCUUUUCUAGAGGAGACAAGGGUCACGCCGCAAAAGUGUCCUGUCUGUUUGUUUGUUAUUUUUUUUCUAUCAUUGUCGUUUGAUAUUGGCGUUUCUUUACAAUAAGUGUCCUGUUGCUAAAAGUGUCUGCUACUUGGAUAUCUUCUCAGUGAUCAUUACGAAAUGGGUAAGACCCACGCAAUCCACAUUGGAAUUUAGAUUUAAAUUUGGACCAGAAUCAACAAGUGGGUGGGGUUUGUUUACAAGAGUAGGCCUUCAUCACUUUUGCCCUAAGACCCCUCCCAUAGAUAAGUCCAUACGGCUUAAUUGUUCUUACCAAUAUGUCAAGUAUACCAUUGCAAAAUAGAGGAGUGCGGAGGAUGGAUGAUCCUGUAGUUGCACCUUUGCGGCAUGGCCGCAAUGGUUACUCUCAGGAAAGCAUUGGUCGCUUCUCUGAGCACUCUAUUCAUUCUGCUUAUCGUUUGGAGGGUGAGAAUCAUGAGGGCUGUCAAGAUUGUCUUACUCGCAUACCUUAUGCUACACUCAUUGCAACGAUAAUGUGUUGGGUGGGUGUUGGAGUGUUCUGUGGAACAAUGUAUCGCGGUGCUACAUUAUCAGCUUUGAUGUUCGAGCAGGUGUUCCACUUUCAUCUGCGAUGGUUGGAAGCUGUUCAAUUGGUCUUUGUCAUAUUAGGUGCCUGUAUGGGUGCCUUGGGGCUCAUGAUUCUGUUUGUUGGAUGCUUAGCAACUGGUGCAACUAGGCACAAGGUUUAUCGUACUUGGCGUGGCCGUGUGGGGGGGCGUGUCUCCUGCGCUGUUUUCAUGGGAAUCACCUAUACCCUCCAAUUCGCUUGGCUGCUAAUGCUGUGCUUUCUGGUGGUUGUGACACUUGUGUAUACAACUUUCUGGGGCUUAUGUUCCAGUAAUCGAAUUGCUCAGGAAAAUCAGUGCAUUGACUUUCAUCAAUUUGACUUUCUGUUUCCUGAGAAUACCCCACCAGCAGAUAUGGAAAUAUGUGGCAAUGAAAAGAAAUUGUUUUGCAAGGAUUAUGUUGAACGUGCAGAAGUUAUGUUCAUCCUUGCUACAGUGGCAUGCUUGUUUGUCAUAUUGAGUCUGAUGCAUUACUUGAUGUGCUUAUCUGCUAACUACGCUCACAUCCGAGACCAUGAAAAGUUUCAAGAGCUGCAAGACCUUCAAUACAUUCCUGACGUGACAGAUAUGUCAACAGCCUCAAAGGAUUAUCGAGAACGUUGAAGAGCUUUGUUUGAAUAUUUUUGAGAGGUUAAACAUUCCAUAUUUUAUUAUUUUCUUCCUCUUGCUAGCUUGAACUUGUGGAUGUUCAUUGAAAAGUUCAUAUCUGUCUAAAUUUCAGCGGUAAUUUUGUUCUUCUUUCCAUUUUGAGUUUGAGUUUUGGGUUUUCCUUAGAAGUGAGAUUUGUCCAAUGCUGUGCUAUGGUUGUGACAUUUUAUGAUCAAUUUUUGGGAUGUUUCAGUUAGUAUUUGGUCAAUUCCUUUAAAAACUUUGACUUCUUGAGUCUAUGUUAUCGCAGCUAAUAUGUAGGCAUGUCUUAACCAAGAGUUUAAAGUCUUAAUCAUUUUGCCAGCAAAAAAUAUUUUCUGAGAAGUAUUUUUGGCAACUUUGUCUAUAUAGUCUUUUCCUAUAUCGUUUAUACGCCUUAAAGGCUCUUUAUUAUACAGUGGUUUAAGUCAAAAUAUGUGAAAAAAGUAGUUUUACCCUAUUUCUCUCCCUUCUUGCUCCACUGUCGUUGUAAUGCUUUCUACCACUGCCAUGGUAUAUCCAUUAGAUUCAUUUAUUUUUAAGUCUGUGGUGGAUUAUAUAUGGUUUCUGACGCCCACUGCUGUCCUUUUACUUCCUGUAUGGAAGUUAAGUUACUAAAGCGAAUUAAAAUUUGUUGAUUUUUUAUGUUUUUGGACCAGUUCUCUAAUGGAUUAGCUAAAUGUAUGGUUACUCAAAACAUAAAACAUGUCUUUUUGACUUCACUUCUAUUUAUUUAACAGCUUAGAUACCUAUGUUUAGAGAUCUUCUAGGGAACAGAAAUGUAUUAAACUUUUGAUAAGUGCAUGUAUAAAGUCAUUCAAAUGCACAACUUUUCAGUAUUUUACAAAUAACUAGCACAAUACAAGCCAUUAUGCUUUUUUGAGGCACUAAGGAAAGAUGCUAAUGAGCAUUCUUUAGACUGCAUUGCUGUGUACAAUAUGUAUGUCAUGAUCUCACCUAUUUUUUGUGUGUGAUGUAUGGUGUUGACUUAGUUCUAGCAGUUAUCCAAACUGAACAAAGAAAACAGAAAUAUUUGAAUAAUUUUUCUUGUACUUUUUUGACUGAAUUUACAUUGUGAGAUGAAUCCUUACCAUAUUGCCUUAAAUGUAAGAGUUGUGAUCAUUCUGCCGUCUGACCUAUAUUUGGUGUUACAUUGCAGACUGCUGUUUGUUGGUUGUUCAUUGGUUGUUAUUCAUUUUUGUGCCUUCCAAAUUUUUGUGUUGUGAUUAUUUAAGGAAAGUUUAUUGUAUAGUCUUUAUGGAGAUUUUAUCAAAUCCAUAUAGGUAAUAUAUAUUUUCUGCAAGUUUUCCCUGCUUUAGAUUUAUAUGAUAAUUAUCUUUCUUUCCUGAUGAGAGUAGGAUUAGAUCUUUUGAGAAGCAUCUUAUAUAUUCCCACAGCCCUACAUUCCUUAGCUUUUUUGCAAAUUAACUAGAAUUAUCAGUAGAUCUUUGAAAAUCCUGAUCAUUCCCAAUUCAAUAGUAACUCUUGUCUUCACUUGGUUCAUAUUUUAAAAUACUGUAAGUACCUAAUAGACUUGUAUCUUCCAAUGAAUCCGUCCUCACCCGCCUAUUGUGUGUUAUAACAAUAAAGUGACGUACUUGCAAGGGUUUGGACAACCCAACUGUGUAAGUUUUAACUUUGUGUACCAGUCCACUUUUUCAACCAUUGUUCAUCAUUGCUAUGUAUUUUCUAUUAAGGUAUUAUUUUUGUAAAAGAAAGUUUUUUACCUGUAGUUAGUAUUCUAAAUAGUUAUUGUAUUCAAAUGCUUAGAACAACUCAUCUAAUUCUGAACUGUGUUAUACCUUACACUUAUAUAUCGUGGUCACCUUUUCAGUUAAAUAGAACACCUUAUUUUAUUUUUAAGCACCCUUGUACGUUUAAUAUUCUACAAGUACAAAAAUUUUGUUUAAAUAAAUUGGCACAGUUGCGUA